AUCGAAUGUGAGGGUAGCAAUACCCAUUACAUAAGCUAAACUUGUAAGUUGAAUGCCGAAAGACUGCAACUAAAUAUUAUUUUGAAGGCAAUGAUGUGCGAAGAAGCUGAUAAUCAGCAGGUAAAGGUUGAGACUUGAGAAUUGAAGUCCUAAUGGCCGUACCUCUACAGCUACGCUGCUACUAUUUUAACGUUUCAAGAGGGUUGCACUUGCAUGUGAUUGGAAGUGCAAGUAGUAAUGUUUUUUCCUCUCAGGCAUUGCAUCAAACAGUUUCAAUACACUCUCAGCCUCAGGCGCCAUUCAACUUCAACUUCAAUUUGGAUGACCCAACUCUACCGAAGUUCCUGGAAUUGCUCAAAAAGGUGGCCCAUUCAUCACCGCAAGCAGAGGGUCUCCACCUCUCAGGUUUCCAAGCAAAUAGGGAUUUGAUAUGUUCCGCUAUUUGGGCAUUGAGGGAAGAAUGGAAACCUGCAUUGCUUGCCUUCAAAUGGAAUUGCCAUGGUAAUGAUGAGAAAGUCUGCAACUUGAUGAUAUGGGUCUUGACAACUCAUGGAAAAUUUUCCACUGCUUGGUGCAUCAUUCGAGAUAUGCAUCGUUCCUCUCUCUCCACGCGUCAGGCUAUGCUUAUUAUGAUUGAUAGAUAUGCAUCAGCAAACAACUCGGCCAAGGCUAUUCAAACAUUCAACUUUAUGGACAAGUUCAGAUUGACUCCUGAUCAGGAAGCAUUCCAUGCACUUUUGACUGCUCUUAGUAAAUAUGGAAACGUUGAAGAGGCUGAAGAGUUUAUGCUAGUAAAUAAGAAGCUCUUCCCACUUAAUACUGAGAGCUUUAACAUUAUUCUUAAUGGAUGGUGUAACAUAACUAAGGAUGUAUAUGAAGCAAAAAGAGUUUGGAGAGAAAUGUCGAAAUACUGUAUAACACCAAAUGCUACUUCAUAUAGCUACAUGAUUUCCUGCUUUUCAAAUGAAGGGAAUCUUUUUGACUCUCUUAGGCUCUAUGAUCAGAUGAAGAAAAGGGGAUGGAUCCCUGGGAUAGAGAUUUACAAUUCAUUAGUUUAUGUUUUAACUCAUGAAAAUUGCUUGAAGGAGGCUCUCAGGACAAUAGAUAAGUUGAAAGAACAAGGUUUGCAACCAGGUUCUGCCACCUUCAACUCCAUGAUACUCCCUCUUUGUGAAGCUGGAAAACUAGCAGGGGCAAGGAUAAUAUUUAACACAAUGGUAGAGGAGAAUGUUAGUCCAACCACUGAGACCUACCAUGCAUUUUUUGAGGGAACAGAUUAUCAAGGAACAUUGGAAUUUCUGACUAGGAUGAAAGAUUCUGGUUUAGGUCCUAAUAAGGAUUCCUUUGUCAUAAUUCUGGCAAAAUUCUUAAAGUUGAAGCAACCUGUAAAUGCAUUAAAAUUUUGGACAGAAAUGAAGACAUAUGAUGUGCUGCCCAGUUGUGUGCAUUACAGAAUAAUGGUUGAAGGGCUAGUAACGUGUAGGUGGUUCGUAAAGGCCAGGGAUUUUUAUGAGGAGAUGGUUUCAAAUGGAUGUUCAGCAGAUCCAAAGCUUAAUAGGCUCUUUCAGAAAGAAGUACUUGAUAGUGGUGAUAAAGGAAAACAGAAUGUUAAAAAGGCUAAUAGUAAUAAAAGUAUGAAUAUUCUGAAAAAUGAUAAGAUGAAGUAGAAAAAUUAAGACCCGAGAAGAAAGAAGACAUUCUCUAACUUGGAGCAGAGAACCAGAACCUCUCAAUAUUUGCCAUUCUACAUUCUGCCACUGUGAAUACAACGUAUCACUUAGUGCUAAUAUGGCUAACUAUGGCAGAAUAUGUUGUGAAGUUCACUUUGUCAAAAUCCUGGCAGUUGAUGCAGUAUGGCUGUGGCCCCUUGACAUCCUACCUAAGUUUUGAAUUUCAUUAUUGGAGCAUAUGUACUGAAGACAUGGAAAAAUAUUAACCCAUUAUUAUCUGAUCGUUAAGUAAAUGCUUGAUGAUUUUGGUUGCUGCUGCAUGCUCCAGACCUCAUACUCCGUUGUUUUGAUUGUCGCGGUUCGUAAUACAAAAUCAUACAAAGCUCAUAUUUUGUUUGUGUCUUCCUGGGAGUUGUCCGCUGAUGGUUUGUUGGCUAUAACUUACAAGAUUAUGAAAAUAAGUCUAUUUUCCAGUCCAACCUAGGCGCUUGGUAUUUUUUAAUCCUAUAUGCCACAAAAACUAACUAGUAUGUUUUGUUUCACCAGUUUUAGGGGAUUUAAAUUUCGACCAAGAUGCAGAAGGUUGGACUUGUAAAGUGCUUCCUACUUUGUUCAUCCUAAGUUUAUAUUUAGGUGCUUCGUAUUCUUUUGAGCUUGUGGAUGCGCACACAUGAGCCUGUAGAAUGUGUGUGUAUGUUUAUACUUAAAAAAUAUGACCCUGUGGCCUUUAGGUAUAACUCGCAGCAUGGAAAUGCCCAUUUCCCUAGUAUUGUGGGGAGUUGCUAGUUUUCAUUUUAAUAAUCUCCCAUGUAUUUUAUCCAAUAAUGAAGGGUGUAUUCUAAUGACAAGUGUGUUAAUAAUAUGAUAAAGAAGAUUUUAGCUA